CUUUCUUUCUUCAGCGACCUUCAAAGUUGCUACAUAUGAUUUACGGGCGGCCGAGCCCGAGAGCCGGCCUUAGCCCUACUUUCCAAUCCUUGUUGGCUGAGUCCGCUGGCAUCGAUUUCUCUCUGCCCUGUCAAAGCAGGAAUUGGCCACGGCCCUUUGCCGGUUGUCCCGUUUCUAAUGUCUCGAAAGUAAAGAAGCUGCACCGCGCAGCUCUUACAACUUGCAGAAACAAGUUGAUGGUCUCCCUACUGUAGCUGCGGUUGGUCCGUCGGGGAAUCGGGAACCGAGAGUGACCCCUUUUUUUGGCCUGGCCAGGAGACGUAUUGCCCACUGUAUGAGACUGGAAAUAGAUGAGUGUAAAGAAGCCCAUGUAAGUUCUGCAUCUGUGGAUUGGACGGCCUGCCUCACUUGGCUUGGGAAAGCUGCUAGAGAGAGGACUGGAAGUUGGUUCCAGGCUGUAGUCAAUACUUAUUUGAGAGAAGAACUGAUGGAAGACAAUUUUCAUAGGAGAAGGCAUUGAUGAAGGGAAGACCAAGCAAGUGAAAGUAAAAUGUGGAAGUUACUUGCUAAAAACUUGUUAAGGACAAAACUUUAUGAAAACUGCUCUCGAAUUUUGCUGCAAACACCAAAGGGCAAGCCGAGGUAUCAAAAGUAUUUUUCAUUGAGCAGUAAACCUUGGCUCCGUUCAGCAAGGAUAGCGCAGGCAGUUCAGACCUUCAAUAUCGGCACAACUAUCCGGAAAGUGGAAACGCUAGAGAAAAAACAGUUUAUCUGUGUUCAUUGGGAAGAUGGCAGUGAGAGCCUUUACCCUUCAGUGUGGCUACGAGACAAUUGCCAGUGCCCAGACUGUUUCCUGCACUCUGCUAAAGCACGCAAACUGCUUGUCGAAAAUCUAGAUAUCAAUAUCAAGGUGAAGGAUGUCAUUUUGACAGAACAGAAAAAGGUAAAUAUUGUAUGGCCAGAUGACCACACCAGUGAAUUUGAGGCUGAAUGGUUGAAAAAAAGAUGCUUUUCUGACCAAGCUAGAGCAAAAGCACAAGAAGAAUUGUUUUUAUCAGAGCGCCAGUAUUGGGGUUCUGAUCUUGAGCUCCCUACUAUGGACUUUGAAGAGGUAUUGCACAGUGAUGAAAGUGCAUACAAAUGGUUGGUUGCCCUUAAAAAGGUGGGAAUUGUGCUUCUAACAGGAGCUGCUAUCAAACAGGGAGAAAUUCUGAAGCUCGGGCAGCGCAUUGGAUUUCUUCGUCUCACAUUUUAUGGGCCUACUUGGCAAGUGCAAGACAAAUUGGAUGCCAACAACGUGGCUUACACAACUGAGAAGCUAAGUUUUCAUACCGAUUAUCCUGUUCUACAAUUUCCACCAGGGAUUCAGUUUCUGCAUUGUAUAAAACAAACUUCUACUGGAGGGGAGAGUGAAGUUGUGGAUGGAUUUCAUGUAGCCAAUAAGUUUAAGGAGCAAAAUCCUUAUGCCUUCAAAAUCUUGACCUCGACAUUUGUAGAUUUCACAGACACUGGAGUUGAUUACUGUGAUUUUGCCAUGCAAGCCAAACAAAGAAUUAUAGAUAUAGGCCUCAGCAAAGCAGUACUGCUGGAUGGAGGAAGCUUUAUAAUGGGCAGAUGUGUAGAUGAAAAGGGCCAAGUGGUUCGUAUCAAUUUUAACAAUGCAACCAGAGAUACAAUAUUUGACAUACCUGCUGAAAAAGUAAAACCAUUUUAUGCUGCUCUCAAGGACUAUGUUGAUCUCCUAAAUAGCACGGAUUAUAAAUAUUCAUACAAAAUGAAGCCAGGUGAUGUAGUGGUAUUUGAUAAUUGGCGUUUACUUCAUGGUCGGCAGAGUUACCAGACGGGAGCAGAAAUAUCCCGUCAUCUUGAAGGAGCCUACGCAGACUGGGAUGUAGUAAUGUCAAGGCUCCGAAUCUUACAAAAGAAUGUUCUGGGAAGACAAUGCCUUUGAAGCUUGGACUAAGGAGAACUUUUAAACUUUGCUGGGAUUGGAUGUUUUUUUCCAUAAAAGAAAGUGAACUUGAUAUUAUUCAGGGCAUUCUGGAAUAAGCUAGGUGUUGCCUAUCCUGUUGAAUAUGUAGAUAAUCUCUUAAACAAGGAAUAACAUGGGUUCUUACAGGUAGUCCUCAACUUAUGUCUGAUUGCUUAGUAACCAUUCAGUUAUGACACACACGCAAAAAGUACUGAUAAUCUGGCUGCCCCAUCCACUCCACAUGUGAUCAUAUUUUGGGUGCUCAGCAACCUGCCCACAUUUGCAGCCGUUUGAAGCAUUCUGCAGUCAUGUGAUCACAAUUUACAAUAUUUUUUUGCCAGGAACUGGUGCUUAUCUCCAAUUUGUAGCAAAAAGCAUUAUUUGCGGAUAAUUGGUUCACUUAACGACCUUGGCAUUGCUUAACGACUAUAAUGGGUUCACUUAAUCAUGGUGAUUUGCUUAAUGACCAUUGUAUAAAAUGUAAAAAUGAGUUGGUCAUGUGAUGACCUGCUUAACAACUGGCAUGACUUAUGACCAUAGUUCUGGGCUUAAUUGCAAUCAUAGAUUGAGGACUAUUUCUACUAUGAGAACACAUAGUUUACCCUUUCUUGCUAAGUAGUCUGGGCAACUUCCAAGUUUUCCAAAGAAUAUUGAAGAAUAGACUAACUAAAAAACAAGUAUAGCAUGGAAUGCUGAAAAUCUUUAACAAGAGCUUGUCCAUUUUGGAGGCAUAUUAUAAUAAGUGGAACAACUUCCCUGCAGAAGUUGUGAAUGCUCCAACACUGGAAGAUGUUGGAUAACCAUUUGUUUGAAGUGGUGUAGGGUUUCCUGCCUGGGCAGGAGGUUGGACUAGAAGACCUCCAAGGUCCCUUCCAACUCUGUUGUUGUUGUUGUUGUUGUUAUUAACAUAUGUAUUAUCAUUGAGGACAGCAAAGAAAAAAGAGGUGAAAUGGGAAGUUCUCUUUAUGAACUGAGAAGUCCAUUACUAUUAAUCCUCUGAAAAUCAGGUUAUUUUCAUAGCCUUAAAAGUUAAUAGUCUGUCUGAUAUUUUUUCCUGGACAUGUUUGUGGUUUUUCAUAAAUGAAUAUAAGCUGACUCAUAGGCACAAACCAAAACAAUAAUUAACAAAAUUAACAAAAACAA